AUGGCGGAGUGCCGCAGCCUCAUCGAGUUCCUGCGCGCCUUCGAGCACCACCGCAGGGCGGCCGACUCCUCAUGCGGCGCCCGAUCCAAGCGCCUGCCCCCCUCCUCCUCCGCCCCCUCCGGACGCACCCGCAACCUCACCGCGCUCUGCGACCACUCGCCGAUGGCCCUGGUGGACGCGCUCGUGCUGCUCGCCGUGCUCGCCGCGCUGGGCUUCCUCGUGGCCCCGCACGCCAGGCUCCUCCUCCUCGAGGCGCGCGCGCUGCUGCUCCACCCGGCGGCCUCCUGCGUCUCGGCCGCGCCGCUCGCGGGGGCCGCCGCGGCCGUGGCCGGCGCCGCGCUCGGCUGGGCGCUACUGGGCCAUCACGCGCGCAAGUGCGGCAAGCCGCGCUGCAGGGGCCUCAAGAAGGCCGUCGAGUUCGACAUCCAGCUCGAGACGGAGGAGUGCGUGCGCGGCCGCCCCACCCCCGCCGCGCGAUCGGCGCUGCUCGCCGCCGCGGGCGCGCGCCCCGUCGAUCUCGGCGACGCGCACCGCGAGCUCGAGGCCGAGCUCCGCAAGAUGGCGCCGCCCAAUGGCCGCACCGUGCUCAUCUUCCGCGCGCCCUGCGGAUGCCCCAAGGGCCGCAUGGAGGUCUGGGGCGCCAAGAAGGUGCGCCGGAUCAAGAAGUAG